AUGUCUCUCCCAUCAAAUGUCCACGUCUCCUCUCACCCCUGUCUCCAAGCCAAGCUCUCCCUAAUCCGCUCAUCUUCCACUACCCCACGCGAGACAAGAGGCUUGGUUCAUGAUCUUGCCAACAUCCUAGGCGUGGAAGCCUUCUCGGGGUUGAAGGUAGUCAAAACAGGAACGGACACCACCCCCCUCGGAAUCGAGUAUGAAACCCAAGGCAUUGACCCAGCAGACCUAGCUUUAGUGCCAAUCCUCCGGUCUGGUCUAGGAAUGGUUGAUGCCUUAAACGACCUCCUCCCAACCCCAGUCCCAGUCUACCACCUGGGCCUGUUCCGCGAAAAGGUCUCUCUCCAACCCGUAGAAUAUUACAACAACCUCCCCUUCCACCGGUCGGAGCUGUCGCCAGCCUCUCCAGCCUCCCUGAACCCAACUACCAACACCGCAGCUGCAAGCCUGGCUGUGUUGGUGGACCCAGUUAUCGCUACUGGUGCAACGGCCGAGGCAGCGAUCCAAUUGCUCCGUGAUUGGGGUGUGAAGAAGGUUAUUAUGCUUAGCUUGCUUGCUUCGGAAGAGGGGGUCAAGCGUGCUGCGGGGACUUGGAGUGAGGUUGAGGUUUGGGUUGGUGGUAUUGAUAAGGGUGUUGAUGAGAAGGGCAUGAUUGUCCCUGGCAUUGGAGAUAUUGGUGAUCGGUUGUUUGUUGCUAUUGGGAAGUAG